AACGGUAUUCCCGAGUGUAGCUCGGGGUAAAAUGUCAGUACCAAAAGCGGUAACCCCGAGCUACACUCGGGCUUACCAUGCGGCACUGCAUAGGGAGUCCCUGCAGAGCUUACCUUGUCCUGCGCUCCCGCGAUGUGUCCCUUGCAGCGUCCCCGGCCAUCUCCUCCGGUCCCUGUGACGUCGGGACGUACGGGCGCCGCUGGCGGCGGGAAAUUUGAAAAUUUUAAAAAAAUGUCAUUUUUUUCAAAACGAUUUUACAUAUGCUCUGUCCUGUCCCCUGUCUGCAUUUUGACUGUUCUUUCU